UUCCCUUCCGUGCUCAGGAUGCAGCGGGCCCAGGAGGCCAUGAAGGCGGCAGACGGCAGCCUCCUGGGCGACCCAGGGCGCACACCACUGCGCAAGAAGGAGGGAGUCAAGUGGCAGAGGCCGCGGCUCACUCGCCAGGCCUUCAUGCGCUGCUGCUUGGUCAAGUGGAUCCUGUCUAGCGCAGCGCCACAGGGCUCAGACAGCAGCGACAGUGAGCUGGAGCUGUCCACCGUGCGCCACCAGCCGGAAGGGCUGGACCAGCUGCAGGCACAGACCAAGUUCACGAAGAAGGAGCUGCAGUCUCUCUACAGGGGCUUCAAGAAUGAGUGUCCCACGGGCCUGGUGGACGAAGACACCUUCAAGCUCAUCUACUCACAGUUCUUCCCCCAGGGAGAUGCUACCACCUAUGCGCACUUCCUCUUCAAUGCCUUUGACGCCGAUGGCAACGGGGCCAUCCGCUUUGAGGAUUUUGUGGUCGGGCUCUCCAUCCUGCUGCGAGGGACAGUCCACGAGAAGCUCAAGUGGGCCUUCAACCUCUACGACAUCAACAAGGACGGCUACAUCACCAAGGAGGAGAUGCUGGCCAUCAUGAAGUCCAUCUACGACAUGAUGGGCCGCCAUACCUACCCCAUCCUGCGGGAGGACGCCCCUCGGGAGCACGUGGAGCGGUUCUUCCAGAAAAUGGACCGGAAUCAGGAUGGGGUGGUGACCAUGGAUGAGUUCCUGGAGACCUGUCAGAAGGAUGAGAACAUCAUGAACUCCAUGCAGCUGUUUGAGAAUGUCAUCUAGGCCAGCAGGAGGAGAGCCUGGUGGCACGGCCCCCACACCCCCCAGGAAAACUUCAGUCCUGCCUGGAGCAGCCGCCAAAAGAAACUUUUUCUAGUACAUUUGCAAAAUGUGAGCAGUUUGCU